UUAUAAUUUUUUUUUAAUUUAAAUCUCGUUAAGUGUUCGUUUACUUUGAUCGUACGCGUCAUCUUUUUUUUAUUUUUUUUUUUUGAAAUUUCAUUCGUACAUUCGUUAAACAAUCGGGAGUGAUUUAAAGAAGAAAUUAAUCGACAAAUUACGAUGGAAAACAAUUUGUGCCCGCGUGUUUAAUAUACAAGUGUAUUACUUCCUACUGUGCGCGUGGUUCUUUUUUUUGUUUUUCUUAACAGGAACUCAAGUGAUUAUAUUUGAUUUUAUAGUGAAUAGUUGAAUUGUUAUUUGAAGUAUACGUACUAUAGUGAUGUUUGAACGAGAACAACGAGGAUUGGUUAGUGUAGUGAGUUAAUUUCGAUGUCACGAAAGUGAAUUGUAUUCAACUUUUUUUCGAUUUUGUUAUAUCACGAGAUUUACAAUUCGGACUUAAACCGACUGAUUUGUCCGACUGUUUGAUUGAUUGAUUGAUUGAUUGAUUGAUUGAUUGAUUGAUUGGUUAAUCGAUGGAUCAAUUGACCGAUUAUCUGAUACUUUGAUACGAUCAAACUUUCUCAAGUAUCUUUUCAUUAUUUAUUUAUCAUUGUGAACGAGUUAAUCAAAAAAAGUAAAUGUGAAGAAAAGAAUUCGGAUAAAAGCAACUACGUUAUAGGAUAAUUCCGAAAAAUAUUCAAAAUUCAUUGGACUGAAGAAAAGGAACGGAACAGAAGGAAGGAAGGAAGGAAGGGAACAUUUAAAGUUGGCAGUUGGAACGAGCUCGGAUUUGAAUGGUGUACAUGGAAUUAAAUCGUACGGAUUCUUAUCGAUAAUAGAAAAUCAUCGAUCAAAACUAACAAUAAGAACAACAGAAUCUAACCGUGGGGGACGGGUUUACAACAAAAAAACAAGUGGAAAUUGAAAGUUGUAGAUAGUACGUUUGAAAAAAAAAGAAAGGGGGGGGGGACAAGAACAGAAAACAAAAAAAAGAUGAAGAAAAUAUCUUGGCUCGUUUCGAGUAGGAUAGAUCAUACCUUUCACGUUCCUUCGUUCGAAUGAAUUGAAACGACAAUCUCAGUUCAGUCGAUUGAAUCUCGUCGAGCGACGUAAUAAGAAUCUCGGUGUUACUGGAUAAGAUAAUAAUGGGAUAAAAAAAAAAAGAAAAAGAAAAAGAAAAAAGGACGCAGACACCACCAUUUUGCCUGGAAUGAAAUAUUUUUAAGUAACGUAACGUCUUAUCUUAAAACGUGCAAACAAACGUGAAAUCAAAUUACGUCUCGAUACGAGAAAAAUACAAAAAGAAAUAUGAAAUAUAUAAAAUAAAAUGAACACGAACGUAAAUGAAUGUAAAGAAAAAAACAAUAAAGAAAGAUCAGAUAUUAUUUGAUGUAAAAUCAUAAUGUAUCAUGAUUGUAUCAUGAUAAAUUGAAAUAACAAAGAAAAAAUAUAUAUAUAUAUAUGUACGAAGAUAGUGUAGUCAAGGUUUCGUUAAAUCAAAUAGCAUCGUUGAGAGAAAGAAAAGUACCUUCAGCAAAUCGGAUUAAACUUAAUCCGAAAUCAGUAAUUCGAGGAGAAGGGUAUACAUGGAUGCGUCGGAAAAGGGAAACCCGAUUGAGCUACGAGGAUUCGAUUCCUUGACAUGAAUGAGAUUUCUUUGGAAUAAUCGAAAAGAAUAAAACAGAUAGAACGAAAGAAAACAAAACAAACGAAACCAAAAUAAAAUAGAAAAUCAUAAUAUUCGUGAUAACUGUGUUAUUAAAACAAAACCUUGUGGAGGAAUUAGAAAAAACUUAAUUAAAAUUAAUCUAAUCCAAUAUUAUAAUAUAACAAAUAAGCAAUAAACAAAAAGGAAAAAAAUCAAAGACACAUUAGAGAUUGUUCAUUUUAAUGAGAUAUAGUAAAAAAUAUAAGCAAAUGGUAUCUACGGGAGUAAUAUCAAAUAAAAAGCAAACGGUGGUAUUGUUAAAUUGCGACAAAUGUUUGUUCCUGUCGUUAAGAAAAAUAUUAAGGUGAUCCUUUGAGGAAAAAGGUUGAGAGGAGGGAGAAUGGAGAAGGACAACGUUAGACAUUAUAGGGCUUACGAGGGUUUCAAGCCUGCCAAUAAUGGCAAUACCUCGUCUCUUAAAAGAACAACAACGUCUACGACAACAACAACAACAACUAGUUCGUCUGAACAUCCUAAAACGUUACACCCAUCUAGACAAGUAAGAUGUCUCUGUUUUGGUGGAAUACCAGACAAGGCCAGCCAACAAUCCUUCCUAAAGGGUUUCGCUAUAAACCUUGGUAUAUGUGCACUUAUGGUUGCGUAUACGUUGUUAGGAAGUUUCAUAUUUCUUGCGAUAGAAGGGGGAACUGAUAAUGUUGGAAUUCAUCGAGCAUUGGCAACCAUUGCUGUUAGUCAACCUGCUAAAAGAAACACCACGGCAUGGUUAAAGCAGGUUAACAACGAGGCACGCGCAAAGACUGUUGAAAAUAUUUGGAUAUUAACCGAAAGCUUGAACAUUCUUUACCGUGAAAAUUGGACGAGAUUGGCUGCCCAAGAGAUCUCACGGUUUCAGGAUCAACUGGUGAAAAGGAUCACUGAAGACAUGAUGGCUACUCAAAAUACUGGCACGUACACUGGCAGUACAGGUGUUAAUGGUGAUAGUGUUACAGAACGACGAAUACCUGAAUACGAGUGGAACUUCGCUAAAGCAUUCCUUUACUCUCUAACAGUUCUAACUACUUUAGGUUGUGGUAGUAUAGCACCAAAGUCAACGUGGGGUAAAUUGGCGACCAUGGGUUACGCAAGUCUAGGUAUACCCUUGACGAUAGUCUACUUGUCAAAUGCCGGAGGUCUGUUGUCCAGGUGCGCCAGGGGUGUUUUUACCCGGGCCCUUUGUUGCUGCCUUUGUUCGAACUGCGGCUAUUGUUGCUACGACGAGAGACGAAUGCAGGAGAAAGAGAGACGAAUGCGAAGAAAGAGGCAACAGGAAGAAUUGGCCCAACAACAGCAACAACAACAAUUGCAAUUGCAAGAACCAUUUUACGUGCGUGCUAAUUCAUCGACGUUCACGAGUACCGUUGAAAUCAAAACUAGUCCAAAGGAUGAAGUAUCGAGUCUUGGAUCUGGAGAUAGACCAAAUGUUACCAUACUUGCACCCAUAAGUAUUUGUCUAGGAGCUAUGCUAUGUUACAUCGUUGCAGGAGCGUUUACUCUUCACAAAUUGGAUGGUUGGAGCUUCGUUGACGCUAGUUAUUUCUGCUUCAUGAGCUUAAGUACGAUCGGAUUUGGUGACAUGGUACCCGGUUCCUAUCCACACAACAGCAACAACAACAACAACAACAACUUAUCAUCGUCACGAAAUGCAACGAUUUGGUUCUGCUCCUGUUACAUAAUGUCCGGCAUGGCAUUGACGGCAAUGUGUUUCAAUAUUCUACACGACGAGAUAGUACAUCGAUUCUGUCAUCAAAAUGAUAAACAAGAACCGGUUAAAUCAAGCACGAGCGUUGACGAAUUAUCAACCGAUCCGUUUGCAUUAACCUCGUGACAAUUUCCGUCCGGUAAUCUGUGUCAUAGAAAUGGCACGGAUGAGACAAAUGUAUGCGUUAACGAUGCACCAACUAACAUAUUCGCUCAUGAAAACGAGAUCAAUAUAUUGAAGGAUUCCUUUAAUCAGGUCGACGUUACCAGAGACUGCAAACCGAUCCUCAAAUUAGAGGAUCACGUGCCACAAAUCGCACCGGUUUUCAUGUUACCAAAAGUCGAUGAGGAAACUGAGGAGAACACUGAAAUGUAGAGAACACAUAUGCACAACAACAACAACAACAAAUACUUACCUAUUUUACCCCUUUACCUGUCACGAUGUUCGAAAUUUGUCUCUGCAAUGUGAAAUUCCGUUUCCGGAUCUAAUUUCCUAACUUUUGGGAUAGUUACAACUAAUCAAUUUGUCUGUCUGUCUGUCUGUCUCUUAUUCUCUCUUUCUCUUAUUCUUUCUUCUAUUUGAAAGAUAAAAUUGUUUGUACGUCUAUGAGAGAGAAAGAGAGAGAUAGAGAGAAAGAAAAACCCCUUUUGGAAAAUAUAUGAAAGAUUUUUCAAGAAAGCUAAUAAUACUACGAAGAUUCGGGAUUCUUUAGAUUUCGAUCAUUCGUUCUAAGUGAAUUGUAUGAAACUGCUGACUACGUUAGUUUCAAUAGAAAUGCGUGUGUCCUGAUUUUUUUCUCCAAGCUAAGAAGAAUAAUGGUGGUGGUGAUGGUGUUGGUG